GCCGGGGUGGUUGGAAGCAGCAGCCCGCUCUGUGGGCAGUGUCCGUGCCCGCGGCAGGGGGGGCUCUGGGUGAUGUUUUCCCGUGUCCCGCCCCGUUCCCGCCCGGGCGCGGCCAUGGCGGAGCAGCCGAGCGGCCCCGGCCGGCUGGGGCAGGGCCUGGCCCGGCUCUCCGAGUGGGCGGACGCGCACCUGGGGCUGCUGCGGGGCCUGAGCGCCGGCGCGGCCGUGGCCGCGGUGCUGCUGCUGGCGCGGAGCGUCCGCCUGACAACGAAGUUUACAAGUGCUCUGGAUAUACCUGUGGAGUUUGUAGAAAAGAAUGUGAAACUGAGAGGGAAAUUACAUCAUGUCACAGAGCAGGGCCUGGAAGUUGAGCACAUUCCCAUCAGCAUUCCUUUCAUCACAGCCAUCCAGAGAAAGUGGCAGUCAGAGGGGCUCCUGCUGAUCCGGCUGGCGGGGGUGGAGGUGGCUCCGAGUGGCACAGCCUGGCUGCAGAGAGAGCUCAGCCCCCAACAGCCCAUGUGGUUCCAGCUCCUGGGCAGGGAGGGCUCGGCCCUGGACUGCCUUGUUUUAGGUCGAUUUCUCAGCAUGUGCUUGAACGAAGAGCUCCUGAGCCAAGGGCUGGGCAGAGCAGCCCGGAUUGAGGGGCUGCCCCACGAGUCCCGCCUGUACUGGAAACUCCACAAGAGGCUCCUUCGGGCAGAGCUGAAGGCCUUGAAGAAAAAUAAAGGCAUUUGGAAAGAGGAAAAGAAAUCUGAAAGGAUCCGAGAUCACAUCAGCAGCAAUGAAUUUGUGCAGAGGCUGAAAGAGUUUGUGAGGUGGCUUAGGGGCUCCACUGAGAGGUAAAAAGGUGGAGGAGCAUCAGCUCCCUGAGUUGUGUGGUUUGUGUCCAGGGGAUGUCUGUGAUCACAGACAGUGCCGUGAUGUUGAGGGUCCCUGUCUCGAGCAGAAGCCCCACAGGGAAUGGGUUAUGUAGAAUAUAUCCCAUAUCAUAACCCAGGUGGGAGUGAAAUUCAGGAGCAGUGUGCAGGAGCACCAAUGAAAAGGUUCUGGUGCCAAACUCUUCCACAAUAAUGUCCUAAAUUAGUCGUCCAGUUUUCCACCUUCUAAAUCCCUACGAGCUGUGUUCCCAGCAGGGAAGGCAGCACACAGAGCGGGUUUGGGAGGUGCAGUGCCAGUUCACACCUCUGUGAUGUGUCCUUGCUGCACAGCUCUCACACGGGUUAGAAACUCCCCUUCAGGCCUUUACAAAGCUCAUGGGAAGUGUUUACACGUGAGCCUUUUGUUUGAAUUCUUUUGUUACACUGUUUUUGGUGUGUAAUUUUUGUUUUAGAAAACAUUCAUCUUGAAUAAUGGGUUGCAUUGUUACUGCUAUAAGUGGUAAUCUGUUGUGGCUGUUGAGGUUGUAACAAAUAAAGUUCCUUGGGGAAAAAAAAAUCACUUGGUAUAUCAAAGAAUGUAAAUUAAUGUCAGGAAUCCAGAUUUUUAGAAUUCAACUUUCCCUUGAAGAGGAAAAACCUAUGUUUUUUUUUUUUUUCUGAUGGUUCUAUAAAUGUCGAAAAUUAGAUGAAAAUAAAACUUUAACAAGAAAUUUGAAAAGGAGGACCAGAAGGUGAUAAGAACUUAAACUCUUUUUUUUUAUUUUUGGCACACAUGUUAAGUAUAUGAGUGUACUACUAUUUAUGUUGUAAAUAUUCUCAAAAUAAAGAUUGAAUUUCUUAAGUUCAUUG